CGGCCCUCAGACUGUUUCUUUGUUGCUCCUGGCAACAGCCACUUCCGGGAGCGAGUGCAGUUCCCCCAGCAACGCGAGCCCCAGAGGCUCGGGUUUCCGCCUCCCAGCGGCAGUUAGUCGGUCGGUCGUCGCUGUUCGCCGCUCAUCCCGAGCCUUCUCGCCGCCUCGGCGGGACCUCCAGAGCCACCAUGGUUCUGCUGCACGUGAAGCGGGGCGACGAGAGCCAGUUCCUGCUGCAGGCGCCGGGGAGCAUGGAGCUGGAGGAGCUCACGGUGCAGGUGGCCCGGGUCUACAACGCGCGGCUCAAGGUGCAGCGCGUCUGCUCAGAAAUGGAAGAAUUAGCAGAACAUGGCGUAUUUCUCCCUCCCAAUAUGCAAGGACUGACUGAUGACCAGAUUGAAGAUUUGAAAUUAAAGGAUGAAUGGGGUGAAAAGUGUGUCCCCAGUGCGGGUUCAGUAUUUAAAAAGGAUGAUAUUGGACGAAGGAAUGGACAAGCUCCAAAUGAAAAGAUGAAGCAAGUUUUAAAGAAGACUAUAGAAGAAGCCAAAGCAAUAAUAUCUAAGAAACACGUGGAAGCCAAUGUCUGUGUUACCAUGGAGAUGGUGAAAGACGCCUUGGACCAGCUUCGAGGUGCAGUGAUGAUUGUUUAUCCCAUGGGGUUGCCGCCAUACGAUCCUAUCCGGAUGGAAUUUGAAAAUAAAGAAGAUCUGUCGGGGAGUCAGGCAGCACUCAGUGUCAUCACAGAAUCAGAGGCACAAUUGUGGUGGGCAGCGAAGGAGCUAAGACGAACAAAGAAGCUUUCGGACUACGUGGGAAAGAAUGAAAAAACCAAAAUUAUCGUCAAGAUUCAGCGGAGGGGGCAGGGAGCUCCAGCGCGAGAACCCAUCAUUAGCAGUGAGGAGCAGAAACAGCUGAUGCUCUAUUAUCACAGAAGACAAGAGGAGCUCAAGAAAUUGGAAGAAAAUGACAACGAUUCCUGUUUAAAUUCUCCGUGGGCAGAUAACACUGCUUUGAAAAGACAUUUUCAUGGAGUAAAAGACAUAAAGUGGAGACCAAGAUGAAGUUCACCAGUUGAUGAAGCUUUCUAAAAUAUUAGCUCACCUUUCUUUUGGCAAAAUAAUCAUAAUAAUAAGUAAAAAGGACACCCACAGCUCUCUUUGAAAGUUGUUGAAAUUUCUGGUUUUCCUAGUUGUUUUUUCAGUUUGAAUUUUUAAAAUAAAAGUUAUUCAAGGCUGUAGAGCUUAAUAAAUACAUCCUCAAAAGAA